GCGGGGCUCGGUGCCUGUCACGGCGCCGUGGCCGGAGGUAGCCUCCGCGCCGCUCGCUCGCUCGGCUGAGGGGCAGCGCGAGGCGGCGGCGCGCGGCGCUGACUGACCGCGGGGCGGCGGGAGGACGGAGCCCCCGCGGCCGCACGGAUCCCCGCCGCUCCUCCGCCUUCCCGGGCCGCGCCGCCGCCGGGGCGGGGGGGUCAGGUCGGAGCCUCGCUGCGCGGCGGCAUGACGCGCGCCGCCGCCGCUCGCCGCUGACCCCGCGGGCUCCCGGCGCCGUGAGCCGCGCCGCCGGGCAUGCCGCGGCACGGGCGGCGGGAGCUGAGCCGAGCCGCCGGCGAGGAUGAGCCACCUGGGGAGCCCGGCGAAAGCCUACGAUUUCCUGCUGAAGUUCCUGCUGGUGGGGGACAGCGACGUGGGCAAGGGCGAGAUCCUGGCCAGCCUGCAGGACGGCGCCGCCGAGUCGCCCUACGGCUACCACAUGGGUAUCGAUUAUAAGACUACAACUAUACUUCUGGAUGGCCGACGAAUCAAGCUACAGCUCUGGGAUACAUCAGGGCAAGGGAGAUUCUGCACCAUAUUUCGAUGUUAUUCAAGAGGUGCUCAGGGUGUAAUACUAGUGUAUGACAUUACAAAUCGUUGGUCGUUUGAUGGAAUCGAUCGAUGGAUAAAAGAAAUAGAUCAGCAUGCUCCUGGUGUACCAAAAAUCCUGGUUGGAAAUCGCCUUCACUUAGCCUUCAAGCGCCAAGUGUCUACUGAACAAGCACAAGCCUACGCUGAGAGGUUGGGCAUGACUUUUUUUGAAGUCAGCCCACUUUGUAAUUUCAAUAUUACAGAGUCCUUUACUGAGCUUGCAAGAAUAGUACUGAUGAGACAUGGAAUGGACAGGCUCUGGAGGCCAAACAAGGUACUGAGUCUGCAAGACCUUUGUUGCCGUGCCAUAGUUUCCUGUACCCCUGUGCACCUUGUUGACAAGCUCCCUCUCCCUGUUGCCUUAAGAAGCCAUCUCAAAUCUUUCUCCAUGGCCAAUGGCCUUAAUGCCAGGAUGAUGCAUGGACGCUCAUAUUCCCUCACAUCCAACAACAUCAGUAAAAGGAACAGCUUAAAGAAAGCUAAAAUUAUCCGUCCACCACAGAGCCCACCAAAAAACUGUACAAGAAACAGCUGUAAAAUUUCUUAAGCCCUCUGUGGGAAAAGGAACCUGGAUGGAAUCCCCUCACGUGGAGUGUUGAACAUAUUCUAUGUGUGUAUCACAUUGCAUAGACAAAAAUAAGAAAAAUCUUAUUUUAGAGCUUGCUCACUAAAGUAAUGCUGCUUUGGAAUGAAUGACAUGUUAAGUGCAACUGAGAGGAUGUGACGUUUUGCCGUUGGAUUUUCAUACUGUAUUUUAGUUUUUGAUGUGCAUGAUGCCAUUGUUUUUACUAGUAGAUGCGUUUUUAUAUAGGGAAUAAUUAUAAUUAUUUUGCGUUCUUAAUUACAUGAAAUCUGGAAAGUGACUUAUUGUGUAUAUAAAAACCUGUGUAUUUGCAAACUGUAUUCAAAAAUAUAAAAGAGAGUGGUCGGUUUGCGUAUUCAGGCAGAGGUUUUUAAAUGCAAUGUAUUCUAUACAUUGUAAAUUCCACAAAGUGUGACAAAUUCUAGUAAUAUUGCAAUUGUGCAUUUGGACUUCUCGUAAAGCUUCCUUGAUAACCUCGAAGCACUAACUUAACUAAGCUAAAAAUGCGUAUAUAAUUGUUAUGCACAUACACAACAAGGCUUUGUCCCAUUAGUGUAUGAAAUAGAUUUGAUAAAGCUUUUGGUAUGUUAUUUAAUACUUUGGGGGAUUAAUUUGUGGUUUAUAUACUUAUUUUUCUGUAAAAAAAAAUCUACAUUUUUUUAUACCACUCUACAAGAAAGUUCUAGGAAGAAAAUGCCAAAGACACUGUGGUAAAAGGAAUGUGACUUAAAGAGCUGCUUUAUAAGAAAGAACACUAUUUAAAAAAAUAAAUAAAUGUUUCUGGAAAAGA